UUUCACAAUUUUCCAUUGUCGACAAAUCAAUGUGGGAAUACUGACCACCCAAUCUGUCUACCAACCGCGAUAAAGUUUAUUUCGUUGUGUCUAUAAAAUUGUUAUUUCUAGGUGUUAGCUGUUGCCAGCGACGGAUAACCUUGAGAGGUUUCUACAUCCAGAUAUUAAUUAAUUAGACUGAAAUUUUUAAUAAAACCGAAAGACAUCCGCUGCAUAAGUAAGAAGCUUUCGCUUUGUUAUCAUCCAGCCGGCUCGGUCAUCAGUGAUAAGACCAAAACAGUACCGUCAUUUUCCUCAGCUGACACGUAACAUGGAUGACAUAGUGCCCGAUGUUGUGGAUGCGGUUCCCGCUGGCAUCGUUAAGGUCACCUAUAACGAUAGCCUUCAGGUGGACCAGGGCAACGAACUUACCCCCACCCAGGUUAAGGAUCAACCAACUGUCGAGUGGUCGGGAUUGGAGGGAAAGUCCAACCUGAUCACCCUGCUAAUGGUGGACCCCGAUGCUCCCACUCGUCAGGAUCCCAAGUACCGUGAGAUCUUGCACUGGGCUGUGGUCAACAUUCCUGGUAGCAGUAUCGAUCCUUCUGGGGGCUAUACCUUGGCCUCCUACGUGGGCUCCGGUCCGCCAGAGGGAACUGGCCUGCAUCGCUACAUUUUCCUUGUCUACCGCCAGCAGAAUAAGAUUGAGGAAACGCCCACUAUUUCCAACACCACUCGGGCAGGUCGUUUUAACUUCAGCGCCAGGGACUUUGCCGCCAAGCACGGAUUGGGGGAACCCAUCGCCGCCAAUUAUUACCAGGCCCAGUUCGAUGGCUAUGUGUUAAUCAGAAAUAAAACGUUCACCGACUAGAUUUCUGCAUAUAUCACGUCAGUCAAUAAAGUCUAACAAAUCGCUUAUCUA